GCGGGACGGUGACCUUGGCGAGCCGGCGGCCCUGCGCAGCGCCGGGAGCCGGGGCAGGGCCGGGCCGAGCUGAGCUGCCGGUGCCGCCCCCUGCGCGGAGCCGCACCGGCAGCACCGGCGGCACCGGAGCGCUCCUGCGGCCGGGCCCCUCCCGCCGGCCGGCACCGGCGCCCGCCGAGACACGAUGCGUCCCCGAGGCCCCUGGGCCGCUGGCCCAGCAGCUCUGCUGCUCCUUGCUGGCGUCCUCGCCUCCGACGUGCUGCCCAGCACCCGGGGACGGAAGAAGGUGGUCCAUGUCAUGGAAGGUGACAGCGGGGCCGUGGUCGUGCAAACGGCCCCGGGGAAGGUGGUGACGCACCGGGGCGGCACCAUCAUCCUGCCCUGCCGGUACCACUACGACAUGGCCGCCCACGACCCGGCCGAGAUCCGCCUCAAGUGGACCAAGGUGACGGAGCCCAUGGCCUUCGUGGACGUCUUCGUGGCGCUGGGGAAGGCGCGGCGGGCGUUCGGCAGCUACCGCGGCCGCACGGCCCUGCAGGAGGACGGCUUCGGCGACGCCUCGCUCAUCAUCCGCAACGUCACCCUGCAAGACUACGGCCGCUACGAGUGCGAGGUCACCAACGAGCUCGAGGACGACACCGGCAUGGUCAAGCUGGACCUCGAAGGUGUCAUCUUCCCCUACCACCCGCGCCUGGGUCGCUACACCCUGAACUUCCACGAGGCGCAGCAGGCGUGCCUGGAGCAGGACGGCAUCCUGGCCUCGCACGACCAGCUGCACCAGGCCUGGCUGGAGGGCAUGGACUGGUGCAACGCCGGCUGGCUGGAGGACGGCUCGGUGCAGUACCCCAUCUCCCGCCCGCGGGAGGAGUGCGGCCGCAAGGACACGCCGGUGGGGGUACGCAACUACGGCUACCGGCACAAGGAGAGCGAGCACUACGACGCCUUCUGCUUCACCUCCAACCUCAACGGCAAAGUCUACUUCUUGAAGACGUACCGCAAGCUGAGCUACGCCGAGGCGGUGCAGGCCUGCAAGAACAACGGGGCGGCCGUGGCCAAGGUGGGCCAGCUCUACGCCGCCUGGAAGAUCCAGCUGCUGGACCGCUGCGAGGCCGGCUGGCUGGAGGACGGCAGCAUCCGCUACCCCAUCGUCAACCCCCGGGCACGCUGCGGGGGCCGGGAGCCCGGCGUGCGCAACCUGGGCUUCCCGGACAAGAAGUACAAGCUUUUUGGGGUUUAUUGCUUCAAAAAAGCCGGUGAGGCCGCUCCGGAGAAGGCGCUGGGUGGGGGUCACCCCAAUCGUGUGUGAGGCUCAGCCACGCUGGGAGCACCCCCAGAUUUGGCCGGGGCGACCCCUCCUCGUGUGCUGGGCUCCCCGGCGUCGCUGCCUCCCGGGACGCGGCAGCGCGGGGAGCUGCGGGCAGCCCCUGCCUUGGACUGGGAGAGGUGCCCGUGCGAUGCCGGGGCGGCUGCUGCGCCGCAGGCUGAGGACAAAGCCCGGGGACGCUUGGGGAAACUGAGGCAGCGGGAGGGGAACGACUUCAGGAGCCCAGCCAGGAGCCUGCGCGCGGAUCCAGGGCCGGCUCCCCAGCUCGUUGCAGCUCUUGCUUAUCAAUUAUCGCAUGUGCUAACGGCCCAGCCAGAGCAAAGCAGGCUUGAGCCCUCGACGUCCUCAUCCUCGUGCCUGGGGUCCCCAACUCCGCGCUGUCCCUGGGGCGUCUCUCUGAACCCCCCCGGGAGAUGCUGUGGGCAACCACAUCAUGGGAGCAGCAGGUCUCUGCGGGGGGGCUGACCUGCCACGAGCCCCCCAAAAUCCCAGCGUGGUGCUGGGCAAGGACUGGGGGCACUGGGCUUGGCUUUCAUGUAACAUGGGCGGCCGGGGGGGCUGGGGGGGAUCGCCUGCAGCCCUUCCAGCAUCCGCAUGCACCCGCUCACCGCUGGCCACCCCGGGGGGCUGCUGCUGGGCCAGCCCAGUGCCCCACGCCGCCAGCCCGGGGCCGCUCCUUAGCGCUUGGCUUGGUGGGGAAGCGGCGGAUGCCGGGAGCGGGAAGGUGCUGGGUGGGCACCGUCCCCUGCGCCCCCCCGGGCCGAGCACCGUCCCGAGGCUUCCUGCAGCCCCGGCGCUCCCCAGCUGGACGUAGAUGAAAUAAAAGCUUCGGCCGCUUUUGAGAGCUGAGCCGGGCUCUCGUGUCUCCUUGGCUGGUGCCACCCUCCGGGGGCAUCUCGGGUGCAAGGGGACCCCGCGCCCUGGGGGCCACUUCCCCCCCCGCAGCUCUUGUAUUCGCUCGGAAUUCAAAGCCCCGGUGUCCCUGUCCCCGCUGCGCCCUCCCUCCCCGCCGGAGCUGGGCACCUUCGGAGCGUCGCGAUGGCAUCCCCCUUGGAUUUAUCAGGACCAAAUCCAAGGGUGCAGCAUCGGCAGAGCCGCCUCGGGGCAUCGCAGCGCUGGCAGCCA